AUGGCCAGCCUGUCCAGCCGCAGCGCUCGCUUUGCUUCUUCUUCGUCUUCGUCCUCGACCUUGCCGGCGAUCGAUCACUGGAACGAGUCUGGUGGCCGGCGCAAGCGCUGCAUGACUCUGGCUUGUCAGACCUUACGCCAGCACCCGCCCCUCAGGGAUCUUCAGGCGCCUGCAAAGGGACCCAGCUGCCUAGCAGCUAGGCCGCAGCUAGACAUGCAGCUACGGGUCAGCCCCGUGAAGAGCGCUGCUGUCACUGGAGGUAUCACAGAUGGAGAGUGGCAGGGAUGGGUCGUUGGAGGCGAGACUCCUUCAUUGCCGUUGUCAGAGGACUCGACGAUGGAUUUGCGGACAUACAGAUGGAUAAGCUGGUUACGGAGUAUCUCUUUACAGGAGAAGAAGCUCAGAAUAACGGUCGUAUUCGAUAUUGGUAGCUGUUCAAGUUGGUUACAUCGUUAUAUCUACGGAGCAUGGAUGAAAUGGCCAGCUAUCAAUAGAGAUGUUUAUAGCCGCCGUCCAUCCAUCAUCCCUGGUGCGCCACCAACAAUUGACAGUGUUGGCGGAUGCAUGUUGAGGCCAGAAUGGACCCUAGAAACGUUCAUAGCUUGA